AGGUAGACCCCAGAGAACCCCAGCAACAGCGGUGGGAGGAGCAUAGUAACCUUAUCUGACCCUGCUGCUGCUCCAGCCCUGUUUUAAAAACCUGACAGGCAGAAUGACAUCCAGGCACCGCGAAGACAAUCUCUCCUGCCCCCUCUGUGGAAUUAUCUUCAACCAACCCGUUGUGCUCUCCUGCAGACACAGGUUCUGUAAAACAUGCCUUCAAGACAGCUGGAGUACCCAGGACAGUGAGGACGACUGCCACUUCUGCCCUCUAUGCUGGAGGCGUUCCUCCAUGAAUGAGUUUGUGGUAAACACCAUUCUGGAGAAGACCUGCGAGUCCUUCAGGAAGGAGAUGAGCAUCAGGAAUAACCCUAUGGGGUGUAAGGAACACGGAGAGACGCUCUCACUCUUCUGUCUGGACGAUCUGCAGCCCAUCUGUGUUGCGUGCCAGACGUCGGCGGUACACAAGGGGCACAGGCUCUACCCCAUUCGGGAAGGUGCACACGACUGUAAGGAGGAACUCAAGACCGCAUUGACCCCAUUAAAGGAGAAGCUGCAGCUGUUCAAGAAGGCUAUGGUCGUCUGUGAUCAAACGGCAGAGCACAUCAAGAACCAGGUUGAGCAUACUGAAAGGCAGAUAAAGGAUGAGUUUGAAACCCUUCGCCAGUUCCUGAGAGAUGAGGAGGCAGCCAGAUUGAAUGCUCUGAAGGCAGAGGAGGAUCAGAAGAGUCUGCUUCUAAAGGAGAAGAUUGAGGAGAUGUCCAACGAACUGACGUCCCUCUCAAACACCAUCAGAACCGUAGAGCAAGAGAUGAGGUCUCAGGACAUCCCAUUCUUACAGAACUACAAGGAUAUCAUCAAGAGAACCUGGCAUAUGCCGCUGGAUCCAAAGAUGAUUCCUGGAACUCUGAUUGAUGUGGCAAAGCACCUGGGUUCUGUAAAGUUCAACAUCUGGGACAAGAUGAAGAGCAUCAUUCAAUAUACUCCUGUGACUCUGGACCCCAACACAGCCGCUAGCUGCUUCAUCCUGUCUGAGGAUCUGACUGUGGUCCAGUGCUGCUCCCAGGUCUUCAAGCUCCCAAACAACCCCGAGAGGUUUGACAUCAGUGCUGAGUUACUGGGCUCUGAGGGGUUCUGCUCUGGCCGCCACAGCUGGGAGGUAGAGGUAAAGGCUAACACAUACUGGGUGGUAGGCGUGGCCAGCGAGUCCAUCAACAGGAAGGGCAAGCAUGUGCUGACGCCAGCCGAGGGCUUCUGGACUAUACGCUUCCGCAACGGCGAGCACAAGGCGUGCACGGCACCGUGGGCGCCCUUGACCAUGAUGAGGAAGGAGCCGCAGGUCAUCAGGGUGGUGUUGGACAUGGACAGGGGCAAGGUGACCUUCUUUGACCCCCGGGAGAGGACGCCCCUCUAUACGUUUACAGACCUCAUCUCACCCCGGGUGUUUCCUUACUUCUGCACUGCCUGUAAGGAACACCCACUGAGACUGCUGCCCGUCAGGCUGUCUGCUGCUGUGGUGCUCUAGAGGGCUCCAUGGGGGUUCAUUACUAACAAGCAGUGGAGGCUCAAUUACUUAGACAGAUCCAGUUGAGUUUACUACCUAGUCCAAGAUGAUGAAGGCUGAUCACUUGGGACAGUCUGGAAUAAAGCAUGUAAUGGUCUUAUGUUUGUGAGUAUUAUGUGUCUACAGAUGAUAUACACUGAGUAUACCAAACAUUAGGAACAACUUCCUAAUAUUGAGUUUGCACCCCUUUUGUCCUCAGAACAGCCUCAAUUCGUCGGGGCAUGGACUCUACAGGGUGUCGAACACAUUCCACGGGGAUGCUGGCUCAUGUUGACUCCAAUGCUUCCCACAGCUCUGUCAUGUUGGCUGGAUGUCCUUUGGGUGAUGGAUCAUUCUUGAUACACACAGGAAACUGUUUAGCGUGAAACACCCAGUAGCAGUUCUAAACACUCAAACCGGUGCCACUGGCAUCUACUACCAUACUCCAUUUAUAUUGCCCAUUCACUCUCUGAAUAGCACAUAUACACAUUUGUCUCAAGGCAUAAAAGUAUUUCUUUAACCCAUCUCUUCCCCUUCAUCUACACUGAUUGAAGUAGAUUUAACAAGUGAUUUAAAUAAGGCAUCAUAGCUUUCACCUGGUUUUUGGACAGUUAGUGUAUGUCAUGGAAAUAGUAGGUGUUCCUAUUGUUUUGGACAGUCAGUGUAUGUCAUGGAAAUAGUAGAUGUUCCUAUUGUUUUGGACAGUCAGUGUAUGUCAUGGAAAUAGUAGGUGUUCCUAUUGUUUUGGACAGUCAGUGUAUGUCAUGGAAAUAGUAGAUGUUCCUAUUGUUUUGGACAGUCAGUGUAUGUCAUGGAAAUAGUAGAUGUUCCUAUUGUUUUGGACAGUCAGUGUAUGUCAUGGAAAUAGUAGAUGUUCCUAUUGUUUUGGACAGUCAGUGUAUGUCAUGGAAAUAGUAGAUGUUCCUAUUGUUUUGGACAGUCAGUGUAUGUCAUGGAAAUAGUAGGUGGUCCUAUUGUUUUGGACAGUCAGUGUAUGUCAUGGAAAUAGUAGGUGUUCCUAUUGUUUUGGACAGUCAGUGUAUGUCAUGGAAAUAGUAGGUGUUCCUAUUGUUUUGGACAGUCAGUGUAUGUCAUGGAAAUAGUAGGUGUUCCUAUUGUUUUGGACAGUCAGUGUAUGUCAUGGAAAUAGUAGGUGUUCCUAUUGUUUUGGACAGUCAGUGUAUGUCAUGGAAAUAGUAGGUGUUCCUAUUGUUUUGGACAGUCAGUGUAUGUCAUGGAAAUAGUAGGUGUUCCUAUUGUUUUGGACAGUCAGUGUAUGUCAUGGAAAUAGUAGGUGUUCCUAUUGUUUUGGACAGUCAGUGUAUGUCAUGGAAAUAGUAGGUGUUCCUAUUGUUUUGGACAGUCAGUGUAUGUCAUGGAAAUAGUAGGUGUUCCUAUUGUUUUGGACAGUCAGUGUAUGUCAUGGAAAUAGUAGGUGGUCCUAUUGUUUUGGACAGUCAGUGUAUGUCAUGGAAAUAGUAGGUGUUCCUAUUGUUUUGGACAGUCAGUGUAUGUCAUGGAAAUAGUAGGUGGUCCUAUUGUUUUGGACAGUCAGUGUAUGUCAUGGAAAUAGUAGGUGUUCCUAUUGUUUUGGACAGUCAGUGUAUGUCAUGGAAAUAGUAGGUGGUCCUAUUGUUUUGGACAGUCAGUGUACAUGUUGACUUGAAAGGUAGCAAGUCUUGAAAUAGGUAGACCUGAAACUAGUUAGCAGCCCUAAAAAGGUACAAGUUUGUCCUAGAAUGCCAGAGCCCUUACAACACUGGUGUCUUUUACAAACCUUUAUUUUGAGUUACACCUAAACAAAUGUAUGAAAAUGGAGACCUAGAAUAAUGUUCCCAAUCAUUUCUAUCUACAAUAUUACUCUGAGAAAUUGCUUUAUUACAUAAUAAUAGGGAAACCAUGAUCGCUGACUAAUUGAGAUUUUGAAGAUAUUGUUUAAAUAAUGUUCUUAUGUAUUGGAGUUCCCUAGUCAGGUUGAGCAUAAAACCCCAAUAGUUCCAGGACACACAGGGCUUCCACAGGGUUCCCACAAGGCACAUAAUAUCAAUGUGUGUGAACCUGAGUGGUCAGUCAGUGCAUAUCAUCCAUUACUUCAAACAUGUUACGUAAUCGGGUUAAGUUUUACAUUAAAUAAAUGUAAUCUCGCAAUCGAAACUCCUACAGUUAGUGUUAGGAAUAAGAGGCAUGUUCAGCUGUGGCAUGUUCUAUCAUACUACUAACACACAGGUAGCAACACCUCAUCCAACAUGGACACUCAUAUAUUGCUAAAAACCUGUUCAGUAUUUUGUUCUUUACAUGGUGGCACACUACUAUUACAAGGUUGGGAGCAAAUAGCCUAGAACACAAUCUUCAAGAGACUGGUAUCUCAACGACUGUGGUAUGUUCAGUCCCAGCUCUCAUUGCCUUUACACUCUCAUUGUAACAAACAGACAAAUGCUGUCAUUUUAACAGACAUCCUGGUUUCAUGUGAAAACUUGCUCUGCUCUAUGUGCAUCGUAGUGUUGAAGGCUUGAACGUUUUCAUUUGGCUAAACUAAGAAACAACACAAAUUAAGAAAUACAAAAGGGGGAAAAGCCCUCAUCCAACCUUGUCCUUGGACGUUGUUGAUAGUGUUAAAAGAUGGUUUUGUAACAGUACUAAGGUUUCCCUAUUGAUUGAUCAGUAGCCCUUCAGUCCCCUGAUCUAGACUAGAUCCAGGGAGAAACACUAAUACAUGGAGACUUCAGCAAUAACACUACUUAAAGCCUGCAGGUGUACUGCUUUAUAACGUGUUCUAAGCACAGAUGAGCCUUUAUAAUACUAUGUUAUUUUUCACAACGUAUGAAAAUAUCAACUGACAAAAAAUUGCUGGAUGUUUAGACAGGAUCAUUAUGAGUUGAUAAGACAUUAUAAGGGGUCAUGCAUGCUUAUGACACGUCUUACAAUGCAUUAUAAAGGCAUGAUAAGGCUUUUCCACUCCAGCAUAUCAGUCUCCAGUAUCUGACACCUUGACAGUCACUUUCUUAAAGCCGGUGUGCACUACAUGACUUUCAUGAUCCUAACAUGGCUGAGCCUCUCGCACUAAAUGACCGUCUUUCCUGUAGUAUUUUGUUGUCUUGCCAAAGUAGUGGUGCCACACUAAACCAUGUGGCACAGACAGGGCUCACACACUAAACCAUGUGGCACAGACAGGGCUCACACACUAAACCAUGUGGCACAGACAGGGCUCACACACUAAACCAUGUGGCACAGACAGGGCUCACACACUAAACCAUGUGGCACAGACAGGGCUCACACACUAAACCAUGUGGCACAGACAGGGCUCACACACUAAACCAUGUGGCACAGACAGGGCUCACACACUAAACCAUGUGGCACAGACAGGGCUCACACACUAAACCAUGUGGCACAGACAGGGCUCACACACUAAACCAUGUGGCACAGACAGGGCUCACACACUAAACCAUGUGGCACAGACCGGGCUCACACACUAAACCAUGUGGCACAGACCGGGCUCACACACUAAACCAUGUGGCACAGACCGGGCUCACACGCUAAACCAUGUGGCACAGACCGGGCUCACACGCUAAACCAUGUGGCACAGACAGGGCUCACACACUAAACCAUGUGGCACAGACAGGGCUCACACACUAAACCAUGUGGCACAGACAGGGCUCACACGCUAAACCAUGUGGCACAGACAGGGUUCACACGCUAAACCAUGUGGCACAGACAGGGCUCACA